GUCAGUCUUUAUUAGAUAAAUGAUUAAAACAAAAUUAUACUCCCAUUGUUACUGUUAAAGUGAAAUUAUUUCUUUGUUUCUAAUGUUGUGAAUAUGCAAUUUAUUUGAAUAGAAAAAAUGAUGGUGGAAGCAGAAGAAGCUACUAAACGGCUUAAUGUCAAAAAGCAAACAUUAGAUGAUGCAUAUGCAGCACCAGCUAAUUUUCUCGAAAUAGAUGUCGUCAAUCCGAGUACAACAAUGAUGACCGGAAAGAAGCGAUACACUGAUUAUGAGGUUCGCAUGCGAACCAAUUUACCCGUUUUUAAAGUGAAGGAGUCCAGUGUACGUAGACGAUACAGCGAUUUUGAAUGGCUUAGAAAUGAAUUGGAAAGAGAUAGUAAAAUUGUGGUUCCACCAUUGCCGUCAAAGGCCUGGAAACGACAAAUGCCGUUUCGCGGUGACGACGGCUUAUUUGAUGAACAUUUCAUUGAGGAUAGGCGCAAAGGAUUGGAGAGUUUUAUUAAUAAAAUAGCUGGACAUCCAUUAGCGCAAAACGAACGAUGUUUGCAUAUGUUUUUGCAAGAACCAAUAAUUGAUAAGAACUAUGUACCGGGAAAGAUACGCAACACAUAAACUAUUUCUCGUAUAAAUUGGUGGUCGCACCGAGAAGACUCACACAGAAAAGAUCAAAUUACUGAAAUAGAUUUACUAUACAUUGUAAACACAUUAUAAAUAAAAUUACAAUAAAUUUGGAAAUUGAAUGGAUUGGGGAAGCAAUA